AUGCCACUUAAAGACGGAGAAAGCCUCCUGUCCUGGACAAACAGGCCCAACGAGCAGAGGUUUGCUCAGUUCAGACCAGCUAAGCGCUCAUCGACACUGAGCAUCCGUCGGAGCAGUGCGGUGAAGCUGAAUCCCAUCCGACACUGUCGCAAGCAGCUGGCUGUUAGGGAUACACAAGAUGUCUUCCAAUCCCCGGUGCUGGGCUUCUGUCCAGGGGAAGAGGGGAGGGGACGCUAUACCAAAAAUCUUUCUAGGUUUAGUGAUGUUAACUCUGUUAACCCGUUUGUGCUGGAUCUCGCUUCUACGGAGAAGAGCCUUGGCACGAGCUCUCCUGCCCUUGAGAGCGGAGUCAAGCUCUUACACAAUUUGAAAAGGGUGUUCCUCGCCCGCCUGCUCCCCGGCGCCUCCCCCCGGCCCUCCCCCGUCUCGCUCUCCCACAUCCGGGGGCUGUGCGGGCUCCUGCCGCCGCUGCUGCGCGCCUGGCGGGGGCCGCCCGCCGGCCCGGCCCAGCUGCCGCCCCGCGCCUACCCCCGCUACAUCCUGCCGCUCGCCUUCGGCAAGUACUUCGCCUCCGUCUCCGCGCACGUCUCGCUCUGGAGGGUCCCGGUCUCCUACGCGCACACAGUAAAAGCGACGAUGCCAAUAUGGGUGGUUCUUCUUUCACGGAUCAUAAUGAAGGAAAAGCAGACGACGAAGGUGUACUUGUCUCUGAUCCCCAUCAUAACUGGUGUCCUGUUGGCCACCGUCACGGAACUUUCCUUUGACAUGUGGGGACUCAUCAGUGCACUUGCUGCCACUCUGUGUUUUUCACUUCAAAACAUCUUCUCAAAGAAGGUGUUAAGAGAUUCCCGAAUACAUCAUCUUCGGUUGCUGAACAUACUUGGGUGCCAUGCUGUGUUCUUCAUGAUCCCCACGUGGGUUUUGGUCGACCUUUCUUCCUUCUUAGUAGAGAACGACUUGAGCACAAUGUCUCAUUGGUCCUGGACCUUGAUGCUGCUUAUAAUCAGUGGAUUCUGUAAUUUUGCCCAGAAUGUCAUUGCCUUCAGUAUCCUUAACCUGAUCAGCCCGCUAAGCUACUCUGUCGCAAAUGCCACGAAAAGAAUCAUGGUCAUCACGGUGUCCCUUAUCAUGCUUCGCAAUCCGGUUACGAGCACCAAUGUCCUCGGAAUGAUGACGGCUAUCUUAGGGGUCUUCUUAUAUAACAAGACAAAAUAUGAUGCAAACCAAGAAGCAAAGAAGCAGCUACUUCCAGUUACAACUGGAGACCUUGUGAAUUUGGACCGGCAUCGAAACACUCCCGAAAAGUCUCAGAACGGACUUGUGGCAUUUGCACAACAUGGAGACUAUCAGUAUGGUCGAACCAAUAUCUUAACAGACCACUUCCAGUACAACCGGCAAAACUAUCCAACUACCUACAACUUAAAUCGUUUUGAUAUAUAGAAUCCUGGCAAACAGGUAUAGACUGUGAUAUCAAGGUGUCCCCAACAUUAUCAGAAACUUUUAGUACAUCCAUGAAUGUAAAGCCAUUUUAUUGUACAGUUUUUGCAGAAGGGAAGAUGCAUGUGUAGUGAAAGCGGUACAGACCCUCAACUUCUGCUGAGCAGACCUUUAAACGUGAAACGGCUUAGAUCUGACACUGGAACUAAAUGCACAGUGUAGCUCUUGUACAGAGAUUCGGGUGAAAUGCACGUACCAAACUUCAAAUAUCUGCUGUCACUGCUCCUUUUCAGAGCCUGUCAACUGAUCAUUCUUUUGGCAGCUAAAUUCUGGCCAGUAUUUUGUUUCCACGCUGGUAACAUCACCUUUAAUUUGCUUCUGCUAUGUUU